CAAUAGAAACGCAGUGUGCCCGCCCCUGCUGCCCGGUCGGUCCAUUGUGAGUCCGCGUUCAACUGGAAACCACUCUUCCAGACUCACUCGGCACCAAAAGUGGCGCACCAUCGACAUGAUGCACAGCUGAACGAGGAGUGCGCCUUCGAACAUGCUCGACUGUCGAGCCACGAUAUCUGGUUGAGUGACAAGCCUGCUGUCCAAUCGCCGCCAUGAUAGCCACGGGUGGCCUGCUGCGCAUGAACAGGCGCAAUGAUUCCUUGCGCUCUAAGAACCGGGCAGAAAACAAACGGAAGCGGAAAUCCAAGAAAAAGAAGAAGAACGACGUGGUGGUGGUGAAGGGGAAGCUCAACUUGUGCUCCCCGGCCGGUUUUGUGGCUGGAGUGGGAGUUAUAGUUCUCAUGGUGGGGAUUUCCAUGGCGGUGCUGGGCUACUGGCCCAGCCAGAACCAGCAGCAGUACCAGGAGCGCCGCAGGACUGGAGGAUACCACAACAACAGGAUGAGCUACUCCAAAAGUCUGCCUGUUUCCUCUAACUUCACCCGUAAUAAGCUGCCCUCCGGACAGACACGUUUACUCAACCAGAGCCAUUCUAACAGCAGCGCCCCUCAAUGUGGCUUCCUGUGUGACUUCCUGAACAAUUACCUGUACUCAGACAAUCUGAAAGUCUUCGGACCGCUGGUGAUGGGGAUCGGCAUUUUCCUCUUCAUCUGCGCCAACGCAGUCCUCCACGAAAACCGAGACAAGAAAACCAAAAUCAUCAACCUGAGGGACAUCUACUCCACUGUUAUAGAUCUACACAGCAUAAGGUCAAAGGAGUACUCGCCUCUGAACGGUAUGGUGAACUACACUCAGGCGAGGAGCGCCGAGGGCCCGUCGGGCGCAUUCCCUGCAAGUGGGAUGCUUACUCGCGACUCCUGGCCCUCCACUGGACUCCAGGGCGAGUUGGGCGGCGAUGAUGUGUUCAGACGCCCGUCGUUGGCCAGCAGGCCUCGGAGCUGGUCCAGAGAUGUCCAGACCUUCACGGAUACCGUUUACAGCAUCUACAAAGACUACAGCAAUAGCGGCGAGCAGGCGCCUCAGCCCCGCCAGUGGGAGACCACCUCCAUCGUAACCUCCUCCGUGAACGCUUUCACGCUCCCUGUGAUCAAACUGAACAACUGUGAGGUGGAGGAGUCUGAGAGGGCGGAGGCAGAGGGGCGCUCGGAGGAAGGGGUGGUUAUUGAGGCUGCCGCCGAAGCAAUCAGCGAGGAAGGGCAAGCCAGCAGCGGCCAGACUGACGAGACGGACGCCAACGGGAUGGACGCCUCGACGACAGAUUCCCCGCCGCCCAAUCAGAGCCACGAGGACUUAACCAUAGCUGACCAACAGGGGGCGCCGCAGGCUCAACCAGAGUGGACCCAGCUGUUUCCUCCAUCACCUGUUGCCAGGGCGAUGGGGUCACGGCUUUCGCUCAACUCCCUCACGGAUCAGCCCAGGUCUGCACGCCGCUGCAGCUUGUCUGUGUCUGUGGGUCGUCAAGGCGACAGAGCCAGACGCUUCAGCUGCCCUCGUCUGGAGCGCUCCAACAGUAAGGGCUACAUCAAACUGGCUGACUUGGGAGGCGAGUCCUUCGAAGCCCCCGACACGGACACUUCUUUAGAUAUGGCCACCGAGCAGGAAGUAGCAACAGACGCAGACGCAGCAGCGGAGGAAGAAGCUCAGGGAGAGGACGAUCUGGUGACACCCAGCACCUCUGCAGAAUCCUAGACUUUUUGUUGACGAGAAACUCUUCGAUGUCUUGUUCUUUGCUUCGUACCUUCUUCUCUGAUUGCAGACGCCAUUACAGAGGAGAGGAAACGUGGAGAGUAAGCAGCUAAGGACUAUUGAAACAUAGCCAUGAACACUGAAGGGCAAGGCUCUUUAUAAAUACCACAUCCACAGCUCAACAUUCAGAUGUAAUUUUUCUAUUUUUUCAAUGUAGCAAGAGCAAUACUAAAGACUUGUAAGAAGAUUUAGUAAGGAUUUGUAACAAAAAAAAAAGAGAAAAUCAGAUCUGAUGAGUUUUAACUUUUCUUUUGUAUAAGAGUAGGGCAAACAUUGUAGCUUGUAGAAUUGCCAAAACCGUCACUGAGAACUACCGUCUGACAUGUUGUACUGUAGCAUUAAAAUAUGCCACAGAAAACUGAAUAGUCUAGAAUUGUUUCUCUGCGUCGUUAUGUGAAUCCCACGUGAAAUAGGUGAACUGAAAUCUCAGGUAGACGUUUGGUUUAGGAUCGGGACCUUGAGGACGAGGUCUUCCCUGUGCACACUUGUUUAUAUGAAACAUUCAUGGUUGAAUAAACUUGACUGUAACACCUCC